AGCGCGCUCGAGUUUCCGGUGUGUCUGGACACUGGCGUUUGUUUUCUGUUAUUCAUCAGAGCGUCAGUUCAGCGCGAAUUCAACACACACACUAUAAGAUGGACAUGUAAGUUUACAAAGCGCUGCCCUACGACGAGCUCCUCAGAUCAUGGCGGUCCCCAUGGAAAGUCAGCUGCAGAGUAUUUUUGAGGAUGUAGUGAAAACUGAGGUGAUAGAAGAGGCGUUUGCUGGCAUGUUCAUGGACAGUGCGGAGGAUGAGAGGAAUAAACUCCUGAGCUGUUUAGGAGCCUUCAGACAGUACUGGAUCAGCCUGCCCCAGGAGUCACAUGAUCAGUGUGUGCAGUGGAUUGUCCGCUUCAUUCAUGGUCAGCACAGCCCCAAACGCAUCGCCUUCCUCUACGACUGUUUGGCCAUGGCGGUGGAGACCAGCCUCCUGCCUCCCAGAAUGGUGUGUCAGGCUCUGAUCGGCUCGGACAGUCUGGAGUGGGAGAGAACUCAACUCUGGGCUUUGACCUUCAAACUCAUCCGCAAAAUCAUCGGAGGAGUCGACUACAAGGGCGUCAGGGAUCUCCUGAAGGCUGUGUUGGACAAGAUUCAGACCGUCCCAAGCUUCGUGAGCUCGGCUGUGGUCCAGCAGCUGCUAGCGGCACGAGAAGUGGUGGAGUACAUACUGGACCGCAACGCUUGUCUGCUGCCUGCGUACUUCGCUGUAACCGAGAUCCGGAAGCUGUAUCCAGAGGGCUUGCUCUCACACUGGCUGUUGGGCAGCCUGAUAUCUGACUUCGUUGAUAGUUUCAGACCGACCGCCCGUAUUAACUCAAUCUGUGGGCGCUGCAGUCUUCUGCCGGUGGUCAAUAACUCGGGGGCGAUCUGUAACUCGUGGAAGCUGGACCCGAGCACUCUGCGCUUCCCGCUGAGGGGAAUGCUGCCCUACGAUAAGGACCUGUUCGAGCCGCAGACGGGUCUGCUGAGGUAUGUGCUGGAGCAGCCCUACUCCAGAGACAUGGUCUGCAACAUGCUGGGCCUCAACAAGCAGACCUUGAACAUUGCUCAGCACAAGCAGAGAUGCCCGGUUCUGGAGGACCAGCUGGUGGACCUGGUGGUGUACGCCAUGGAGCGGUCGGAGACGGAGGAGCAGUUCGACGACGGCGGCACCAGUCAGCUCCUGUGGCAGCACCUCUCCAGCCAGCUCAUCUUCUUCGUGCUCUUCCAGUUCGCCAGCUUCCCUCACAUGGUGCUGUCUCUACAUCAGAAGCUGGCGGGCCGGGGCCUGAUCAAGGGCCGGGAUCACCUGAUGUGGGUCCUGCUGCAGUUCAUCUCCGGGAGCAUCCAGAAGAACGCGCUCGCCGACUUCCUGCCCGUCAUGAAGCUCUUCGACCUGCUGUAUCCCGAGAAAGAGUGUAUUCCAGUGCCGGACAUCAACAAACCCCAGUCCACUCACGCCUUCGCUAUGACCUGCAUCUGGAUCCACCUGAACCGCAAAGCUCAGAAUGACAACUCCAAACUCCAGAUCCCCAUCCCACACUCGCUCAAGCUGCACCAUGAGUUUCUUCAGCAGAGUCUGCGCAGUAAGAGUCUGCCGAUGAACGACUAUAAGAUCGCUCUGCUGUGUAACGCGUACUCCACCAACUCCGAGUGCUUCACGCUGCCCAUGGGCGUCCUGGUGGAGACCAUCUACGGGAACGGCAGCAUGCGCAUCACUCUGCCCGGCACCAACUGCAUGGCGUCCGGCUCCGUCACGCCCUUACCCAUGAACCUGCUGGACUCCCUCACUGUCCACGCUAAGAUGAGUGUCUCCUUCUGGCCACCAGAGAAAGCGGAGGAAAUCUCUUUCAUCUUCAGGCACACACACCUGAUGGAACAUGGCUCUAAUGUCCCCAUGAUGGCUAUGGGUUCCUGUCUGAACCUCAUAAGGACGCCCAGAAGUGUACUUGUGAUGGACUCCGUGGUGAGGGAUAUACCAAACUCUUCUAUUGUUACCACGUAA